AUCGCCUUACCUUCCCUGUGUUUUGAAUGUAUUGCAGAAUCUGUUGAACAGUUGACAACACACGAUGAUAACGCCCCAUGUUUACUUCUAACGCUAGGCUGUUAAAAAUAUCCAUCAGGAUAGCUAUGCAAGUUUACUCAGCUGUGGGCUGCCGUCCACAAUUUAUCCCACAAUGCAACAGUCUCCGAACUCCUGUCAUCAUCUUCAAUACGACACCUGUGACUUUGGUGUGAUAGUCAGUCUGACAUGCCAGGGGCAAAGAUGACGCCAGGGCAGAUACGACCCAACUACAAGCUAAUAAGCGUCUUGGUAGUUACUGGAGUCACACUGUUUCUCAUCUAUACGUCAGUGCACAACGGCACCCCCUUUGGACGAGCUCUCGUCCCGGGGCCCAAGGUGUCUCUGAGUCGUACGCAUGGCGAUUGGCUGGCCGACGGAUAUCGGACGUUCAGCAGCGACGAUAUCGCCUGGAAUGAGAUGCUGCAAGAUUUGCUCACAAACAGUGACUUCUACGGGGUGAUGUUUGAUGCUGGAAGCACGGGCACUAGGGUGCAUGUUUUUCACUUUCAAAAUGAUAUAAAUGGUGGCCCGCCAAUACUGGUGUCAGAGAUUUUUAAUAAGACCAAACAUGGACUGGGUGAGUUUGCAGACAGUCCCCAAGAGGCAGUUGAGGUGGUAAGUAAUCUACUCUCCGUAGCCAUGAAGUCAAUCCCGUCAGAGUUCUGGGCUUCUACUCCUGUGGCUCUGAAGGCUACAGCUGGUCUACGACUCCUACCUCAUAGCAAAGCCCAGGCUCUAUUAGAUGCUGUAUACGAGCUCUUUUUACAGUCGCCACUACAUGUCGAGUCCAAAAACAACACUGUGGCUAUUAUCGAUGGCAUCCACGAGGGAGAAUUUGUCUGGUUUACCGUCAAUUUCCUCAAAGGUGUCCUUGGGUCACCGGACCAUUCUACUAACACCACGGGGGUGUUAGACCUGGGCGGAGGGUCAACCCAAAUCACGUUUGCACCCAGACAUCAAGAAACCAUCGAUGAAGGCAGGCCGCUGGGCUUGAUCAAGCAGUUUCGAUUCAUGAAAGACACUUUCCUGCUGUACACUCACAGUUAUCUUGGACUGGGACUUAAAGAGGCUCGGCUGGAGACCUUGAAGCUUGAACAGCAGAAGAUGGGGUUAGGGUCAGUAGCAAGUACCCAAGCUCAUGAAGAAUCAGGAGUAGACACCAAUCUCUCCACUGUCUGCCUGCCGCUUAACGUCAAAGCAACGUGGGAAUUUGCCGGUGUGACACACGAGACACGGUCGUCCAACGGGCUGGACAUGGUGGACAUUUUCACCUCUUGUUCCGACGUGACCAAGGAGUUCAUGGGAGACAAGGUCUACAGACCCAAGGAAAUAGAGAAUCGCAGCUUCUACACGUCCUCCUACUUCUUGGGGAAAGGCGUAGAAAGCGGACUGAUAACCAGAGAGUUUGGAGGCAUAGUCCGAGUGAAAGAAUUUACUAGAGUCGCAAAAGAAGCCUGCAAAUCUUAUGAUGCCAGCAACCCGUUUCUAUGCAUGGACUUGGUCUACAUUAAUACGUUACUUACGCAUGGCUAUGGUUUUAACAGUGAGACAGAACUUGUGAUGAAUGAAAGGAUCCGUGGGUUUGAGAUCAGCUGGGCCCUGGGAGCUACCAUAGACCUGCUACACACACACUGGGACAGUAAUCAGCAGACCGCCAAAUCAUGACGACAGAUAAAGACUAGAAGAGGGCAUUUCAUAAUUAGUUCUUUGGUACAUGUGUUCAGGUAUCCUCCUUAACCGUAACAAAGAAAGAGAGAGUUAAAGCUAUAGUCCAUCAUUUGCAGCCAUCCGAAAAAGUAAC